AUUUGUCGUACAAAUUGGCAGUCAACGAGUUCGCGGAUCUCACUUUCGAGGAGUUUGCUGCUGUUAGGCUCGGUUCAAUCGAAACGCAUGGGGAGACGGAGAGAGAUGGAUUUGUCGAUGAGUCCCCACGUGCUAGCUGGAACUGACUCUACUCUCCCAUCCUCGGUUGAUUGGAGAGACAAGAAUGUACUCACUCCGGUCAAGAAUCAAGGAGGUUGUGGCAGCUGUUGGGCAUUUUGUGUGACCGGUGCUCUCGAAGCGAAGCAUGCUAUCGCUACUGGUGAACUGUUGUCCUUUUCCGAACAACAGCUCGUGGAUUGCAGCCGGUCAUAUGGGAAUCA